AUGAUCCUUGAUUUUCAGUUGUUGAUUCCUUCAAUCAGACUCACUCUUCUUAACGGUCUCUGUGUUUCCACUGAGUCUAAUCUAGCCUCCCAGACGGCUGCCGUUGGGAACUUGAGUUUUGAUAAAACAUUGAUCAAUCGUGAGCGUGGUAUUAUUCUACAUAAGACGGAAGAGAUGAGAGCACAAACAGAAGAAGUAAUCUUUGAUCAUUUGCAUUCUACUGCUUUCCAAUACACGCCCCCUUAGAAGGACCAUUCUUGGACCUGCUGAAAACAUCCAGAAAAUAACUUAAGAUUACAUUUCAACCCACUAUGAAGCUCACAGAAUGCUUCUGGGACUGUUAAACAUGUGAAGCGAUUGAGGAACGAAACAUGAUUUGGGAGUAUAUGCUUACACUGUCCGGUGGUAAUGGAAAGAUAGACAAAGAUCAAACUUUCUUAGAUGGAGAAGAAGUUGAAGAGGUUAUUCGCACGAUGGAGGUAGAGGUUGGUCGUUCAUGGAUAUUGCAAAGUAUGCAACAUCCCCAUGUUUGUCGGCAGAUGUGGGUGGUGUCUUUUAAGUUGCACAAUAAAACAUUUUUCAACUAUUUUUACGCUAUUUCUCCAAUAUUUUUUUUUACAAAUACGCCACCAAAUUACUUUUUUCUCACAUCCAAAUUCAAUGAAGCUUGGAUAUGGUUCAGCUUCCAUAGAAUUGCUAUUAGGGUACUUUAACAUGUUUAUAUUGGUAUUUCCAUAUAUACCCUUUUAGUUUUAUCAAGUUGUAAAUUCUUGUAAGUACUUUGAAGCACAAUUCACUUCCAUCUCUGAAGAAGAUGUUCAAAAGGAAUCAGACUCUCCACAUCUCAAAAUCACUAAAGCUGUUGAGAAAGUAAGAUCGAUAACCUUAUUAUUAGUAAAACUAAUUUUAAUUGGAUAUAUAAAAGUUUCUGAAAUUUAUAACUGUAUUGUAUUUGCG